AUGGUUCCUGAAGCGGCCACAAUUCGUACUCGAGCUCAAUUUGUGUCUGCCACCACUCCAACUAGCUCUCAAAAAACAAAGAAGACUUGGUCUGCUAGAAAGCUCGCUUUAGCCGCCCCCUCAACCAAUCUUCCAAUAUCAAUCGCACCGAAGAAGGAAGGUUAUGUGGGACGGCGACGAGUUGUUCUCAGUGAAGUUGGUCAAGACGCUAUUCGUUAUCACUUUCAUUUGAUUCUGGGUGAACGGCGCUACCCGACUGUUCGCAAUACUCUUGCAAGCCUUCUGAUGGAACAUCCCGAUUUUCCGAUCAAAUCUGAAACCACUCUUUGCCGACAAAUGAAACGACUUGGCUUUGGUUACAAGCAAAUGAGCAAACUGGCUGCUCAGAGAGGAGCUUAUUUUCGACGUCUUGAUGAUUUUCGAAAUGAUGGAGCAUUUAUUUAUUAUCAUGAUGAAACGUGGUGGAAUGUUGGUGAAGAGUAG